AUGGAUAGUGUCGACGUAAAGAGACCUCCGGUCGAACCAGGUCCUACCCCAGCGGGCGUGACUGGGUCCAGCGAUCGGAAAUCCUCACCCAAAGCCGCGGAGGCGGCGCAGGAGUCGCGGCAUAUGGCGACGAUCCAGGAUGAUGACGAGCGGCUGCUCGCGAGGAUUGGGUACCGACAGGAACUUAGUCGCGAAUUCACCAAGUGGUCAACGGUCUCAUAUGCGAUCUCGAUCCUAGGUGUUCUGGGCUCGGUGCCAGCCACCAUCGGCUCGCCUCUCCAUUCCGGCGGACCUGCGACUGCGGUUUGGGCUUGGUUCAUCGGCUCAUGUAUGGCGUAUUGUAUCGCCAGUUCCGUCGCUGAACUGGUCUCCGCAUAUCCAACCGCCGGUGGCAUGUACUUUGUCACCAAACAUGUGGUGCCAAAGGAGCAUGUCGCGGUGUGGGCGUGGGUGAUUGGAUGGUGCAACUUCUUAGGCCAAGCUGCUGGUGUCACAGGUCUUGCAUAUACGACAUCGCAAAUGAUACUUGCAGCGGCGACCUUGAACUCGACAUAUGCGGAUGGGUCAUACUCCUUUGAGCCUACUCCUGCUCAGACCGUUGGGCUGGCGAUUCUAGUUCUCUGCAUAAUGGGAAUUAUAGAUUCGCUCGGUACGAAAUCGCUGCAUCGCAUUGUCCUCUGGUUUGCGCCUAUCAAUCUCAUCGCGUCGGUCGCCAUUUGCGUCGCGCUGCUCAUCUUGACCCCGAACAAGCGGAGUGCUUCAUGGGUAUUCACGCAUGUUACGGACGACUCAGGAUGGGGCAGCCGAGGGUUUUCCUUUCUACUCGGGUUCUUGUCUGUGUCCUGGACGAUGACGGACUAUGAUGCGACGACACAUAUGUCGGAGGAGACCCACGACGCAGCAAUCCGCGGACCGGUCGCGAUACGAAGCGCCAUCCUCGUGUCUGGUCUCUGGGGCUGGUUGCUGACCGUCACGUUCUGCUUCUGUCUCACCGAUUUCGAGGGGAUCCUGGCCAGCCCUACCGGUCUCCCCGUGGCGCAGAUCUUCUGGACUGCAGGCGGCAAGACGGGAGGCUCGGUGAUGUGGUUCUUUGUGAUUCUUGUGCAAUUCUUCACCGGCUGUGCUGCGAUGCUCGGAAAUGCGAGGAUGGCCUACGCGUUUGCGAGAGACGAAGGACUCCCGUUCUCAGGAAUCUGGUCCAAGAUCAACUCCUGGACGAAGACGCCGGUAAACGGCGUCUGGCUCGUCGUCGCUUUCUGCAGUUGCCUCACGCUGAUCGCCAUCGGGAACACGCAGACCUUUGUUGCCAUUUUCAGCAUCACCGCCCCGGCGCUCGACAUCAGCUACAUCGCCGUGAUCAUCGCGCACCGCGUCUACGAGAACCGCGUGCGAUUCAUCGAGGGUCCGUAUACGAUGGGCAAGUGGAGCAAGCCAGUCAAUGCCAUCGCCGUGGCGUGGGUGUGCUUGAUCAGCGUGGUGCUGUUCUUCCCGCCCAUCCGGCCGAUUACCGCGUCGAACAUGAACUAUGCUAUCUGCAUUGCGGUGUUCAUUGGGAUGGUUAGUAUGGGCUGGUGGUUCCUGUCGGCGAGGAGGUACUACACCGGGCCGCGCACGAAGGACAUCAUCGACCUUCUCCCUGAGGAGGACCCUGACGACGUGGUCGAAUCAUAUGCGUGA